GUAGGAGUCAAUACGUCUCAGGUGGUAGUGGCCAUUAAGGUGAACAAUAACAACACUAGACGAUGAAUUUUACUACCUGAACUUAACUCAGUAAUAUACACUUGACGGCGCUUCAUUUCUGGCCUUAGUAUCCAUCACAGCCAUGGGAGCAGAAAGUAGCAAGAAUAUGCGUAAGGAAUAUUUUUCUGGUGAAGAGCGUCAGCGUAUUUUACAUACUAUACAGAAACUUUCCAAAGGAGGUGAUGUGGUUGCUGUUGCUUCAUUAGAGAAACAUAUCACCAAUCACUUGAAUGCAGAAAUGGCAACAAAAUUUGUAGGACUUCUGCUGAAAGGCAAGAACACUUCAACUUUACCAAGUUCAAUGAUACUGGACAAUUUGGGACCUCUUCUCAAAGGCACAAUGGAUGAACAUAUUUUCCUAACACUUACGUUAGCUGGUGGAGGCCAAGAAGGCAUUGAGUAUGAUCGUAUAAUUAAGUAUACAGAAGUAAUUGUGUGUGCAUACCUACGCAUCAUAACAAGCCAGUCGGGAUACAAAGGAUGGAAGUCUUCAGAAAGUACCGUGCAACAAGUAUCACAAGCCCUACUUCAUGACUUGUUGUAUGCUGGUGGAAGUCAUAAGGAGGUAUGGGGUAAGCCUCCGCCCAGGGUACGGUUUUCAUAUGAUGAUUUUGAAAAAUGGUGCUUGGGCCAUUCCAUUUUUACCACAUUGGAGACAGAGGUUUUCAAGCAUUGUUUUGCCUUCUCUCCCACUGACUAUACUGCACUCAUGCCUCUGCCCACUCAUCUUCCAAAGGUAAACACUGUAUACUGAGCUUAUAAUUAUUUUUUA